ACCAAAUAACGAUGUAUUUAAUUGCAUUAGUUUUCGGACUCCUGGGGUUAUCCAGGGGUCUUCCAUUCGAAAAUUCUCAGAACACUCAAGAGUUCUAUCAAAAUUCAAGAAUAUUUGGUGAUAUGGAAUUUGAAUCUAUGGGUCUUCAAGUGGAUAAAUUGUACGACCCUCAAGAUUUUUAUCAAGGACCACGCAUGAUUAGAAGCAUGGGAGAUUCUUACAUUUCUCAAGACGCUCAAGGACGGAUGGAUAUUCCUAAAUCAAUGGGGUUUGUUGAAGAAUCUCAUAAUCCUCAAGAAUUUUACCAAGGUUCCCGAAUAGUUGGCGGUGAGGAUGCUUCUGAGAGUGACGCUCAACAUAUGGUUGGUCUAGUUGUCGGGACAUAUUUAAAAGUCUUCUUGUGUGGAGGUACCCUGAUAUCACAUAAAACUGUAGUCACCGCCGCCCAUUGUAUAGAUGAAGUAGUAUGGUUUGGGCAGCUCAAAAAUACACUCGAGGGUCAGAUAGGGAGUGUUUAUAUAAGCAAAGGCUAUACGGCGAUAAAGUUCUCCGGAUUCGAGAAUCAUCCUAAUUGGGAUCGCGUUGAAAUAAAGAAUGACAUUGGAGUUUUAAAAAUGGCGGAGCCGCUUAAUGAUUCACUAGCUAAAAUAAUUAAGUUGGACUUUAAAUGGAUUGGCGGUGGAGAGAAAGUUACUGUUGCCGGUUGGGGAUUGUUGGAAUAUCCGGGGGCGAUCCCGGACCGUUUGCAACGAAUUGAUGUAGACACAAUGAGUCCUAAAGAGUGUGAGGAGGGUGUUGAAGAAGCUAAUCUGCAGAACAGACCUUCGCCUCCAGUAAAUUCUUCUGUAGAGCUCUGUACUAUGCACAAGAAUGGUGCAGGGCAAGGAAUGUGUCACGGUGAUUCUGGGAGUGCAGUGAUGUCAAUUCCUGAGCUUGGUGAAGAUACAGAAAUCUCGAUAGUGGGGAUAGUUUCAUGGGGAUUUCCAUGUGCGCUUGGCCAUCCUGAUAUGCAUACGCGUCUUAGUGCGUACGAGACUUGGCUUAGACUGCUGUUGGCGAUGGAUGAUGUUGAUAUUUAGAAAUAAUUUGUUGUACAAAUAAGCCAGAGGACUC